CACAGGGGAGAGAGGUAGAGGGACAGAGAUGUUGCAGCGGACCGCGUGAAUUGUUACUCAAAUGGCGUCUGUUUUGUUUAAAUUAAAUCAACCGUUUCAAUAGAACAUUACGGAAAGAGUUUUUACGCCUUUUUGUUCGCUUUACGGUGCGAGUUCGGUAUCCUUGACAACACGAGCAACUGUCCUGCGAAGUUUGGGAUCAAGUGCUUUACCUUUGCUCCUGGAAAUGGAUACACAAACCUCACUUUUCUAACAAAAAACACUCUGGAUUACACGUUACAAUGUCGUAAUCUUCUUUUUACGCGGAUUCCACUUGCAUUUUAUUCCAAAAGUGUGAGUUUUUUAGGGAAACGGGACAAAGCGACACAAUAGUAGGUCGUGGACACAGGGGGGAAACCGAUGCGUUCUCCUCCUCGCUGCUGCGGGCUUUUGUUCUGCCCCACCACGAGUUACUGACCACGGACAUUGAUUGAUUGAUUUCGGGGUAUUUAUGGUAACUUUCUCCUCUUUGAUGCCGUGCAGCCAUGGAUGUUACCCUGUCCGAAAUGCUGGCGACUUUCAUGGAGUCGCCACUCGUGGUUUGGGUUCGGACUCUGGGCCCUUUGGCGUCCAGCGAGGAGGCGGGGUCAGAGGACAGAGUCAGCAUGUUUAUGGAGCUGGUCGAUGGAGUUUUCCUGCACAAAAUCAUGACACAAAUCGACCCAAGCCCCACGCACCAGAGGCUGAGCAAAAACGUAAACAACGACGUGGCCCUACGGCUCCACAACCUCACAGUGCUGGUCCGCCACAUCAGGACCUACUACCAGGAGACAUUGCAGCAGUUAAUAGUGAUGCCUCUACCCAACAUUCUUUGCAUCGCCAAGGACCCCAUAUCAGCUAAAAGUAUGGAGGAGCUGAAGAGGCUUUUGUUACUGAUACUUGGCUGUGCUGUUCAGUGUGAGAGAAAGGAGGAGAUGAUCGAGAAGAUUAAACUUCUGGACAUCGAGACCCAAGCUGCCAUCGUGUCUCACAUUCAAGAGGUGACCCACAACCAGCUGAAUGUCCUGGACCUGUCCUGGCUGGAGGCAGAAUCGGAGAUCAUCCAUGAAGAGCUCGAACCAAUGUCCCGUAAUAUGGCUGCGUCGCUACGGCAACUCAUCGACCAGAGAGACAAGGCCAUUGAGGUGAUAGUGGAUCUGACGCAGGAGAGGGACUACCUGAGCAGCCAGCAGCCCCAGGAGCACUGCAGGGACCUGGGCAUGAGCAGUCCGGAGCGGGGGCCUGUCUCCAAAGACGUGCCUCUCAAUAACGGACCAACUUCAGUGAACACGUCUACACUCACGAAAGAGGAGAAGCAUCAUCUCUCUGUGGAGCUGGCCGACACCAAGGCCAAGCUCAGGAGAUACAGACAAGAACUGGAGGAGAAGACGGAGCAGCUGAUGGACUCAAAACAUGAAGUGGAGCGACUGGACCAGGAGCUGCAAAGAAUGAAACAAGAGCACCAGUCCCUGUCGUCUGAGGCCCGCUCGGCUCGUGUGUACCGGGAUGAGGUGGACUCUCUGAGGGAGAGAGCCUCUCGAGUCGAUCGUCUGGAGGCGGAGCUCACGCGCUGCAAAGAGAAACUCAACGAUGUGCACUUCUACAAGACCAGAGUCGAGGAGCUUCGUGAAGACAACUUGACGCUAAUGGAAACUAAAGUGCUGCUUGAAGAACAGCUGUCUGCCUCCAGGGGGCGCUGUGAUAAACUGCACACACUGGAGAAGGACAACCUGCUGCUGAGGGCCAAAAUCAAUGACCUGGAAAUGGAGCGUGAGAAUGAGCGUCGCCGUCUGGAGGAGCUGGUGGAGGAGAACAUGCUGCUGGAGAUCGGACAGAAGCAGAGCAUGAAUGAGUCUGCUCACCUGGGCUGGGAGCUCGAGCAACUGUCCAAGAAUCAUGACAACAACACUGAAACUCGUAAGUCUCUGGUCCAUGAGUUGAACGAAUGUGUUUCGAGUCGGGUUUUGAAGCUGGAGAAGGAGAAUCGUGAGCUUCAGGCGUCAAUAGAGAGACUGAAGGAGGACAAUCACAGUCUGCAGGAGAAACAGCUCCACGCACAAGAACUGGACCGAGAAAACCAGAGUCUGAGCAACAAGUUGGAGCGUCUUCAGGGUUUACUGGACCAGGAGAGAAUGACCAACCAGGACAUGGAGUCUCUGGGAGAGGAAAUCCUGAAGGAAAAACAGGCUUUAGAGCGAGAGAUGCACAUCCUGAAGGCAGAGAAAGACAGACAGAUCUUGGAGUUGGAGAGUGAGAAGAAGCACCUCUCUGAUGCGAUGGCCGCCCUCCAGGAGCGAGCUCAGGCCAACAGCGAGGCCAGAGUUCGAGAAGUGGAGACGGAAAACAGACAACUCCACCAGAACAUCACGGAAUCCAGCUCCAAACUUGUCACCAUGGAGACGCAGCUCAAACUGGCCAAUGAGGAGGUGCAGAGGCUGAAGGACAAAGCAUCACGCUGUGAGGAGGCGGAGAGAGAGGCCACGAGGCUGGAGAGGAGCAGAGACGCACUCAACAGAGAGGUGACCUCUCUUCGUGCCUGUAGCGAGCGCUCUGAGGCUCUGGAGAAGCAGGUUUCUUCUCUGGAGCAGGAGGUCCUCAGGCUGAAGCACGAGGCAGAGGAAUCCCAGAAAGAGCUCCAGCGCCUGGGCAAGCACGAGUCCGAACACGGCCUCUUAGCCAAGGAAAACCUGGAACUCCGGUGUUCACUGGAAAACCUCCGCUCCACAACCGCUCGCCUCUCCUCACUACAAGAAGAACAUCAAGAAGUUCAGAAAGAAAGACAAGAACUGAGGAGAAAGCUAGAAGAAGCCCAAGACUUGGCUCAAGCUGAGAAGAAGAGAGCUGAAAGACUGGAAGUAAAUAUGGCCGCUCUGAACCACGAAAAACAUAGAUUAGAGGAGAAUUUAGAAAGACAAAAAGAGGAGAAAGAAGAGAUUGAACGAGAGAACCAGGAAGUGAAGAGCAGAGAAGAAGAGCUGAGGAGAGAGCUGCAGGAGCUUAAAGUGCAAAGAAAACACUGGGAAGAAACAGAUGAUGAAAGAAAGAAGUUACAAAAGGAUUUCGAUGAAUCAGAGAAGAGCAGGAAGCAUUUGGAGAAGGAGAGCUGGCGAAUGAGGACGCUGCUGGAGACGAAAGAGGCAGAGCUAGAGGAGAGGAGCAGGCGAUUGGCUACGGUGCAAAAAGAGGGCGUGGCUCUGAAGAAGGAGAUGGAUAGGCUGAAGGAGCUGUCCGUCAAAUCCAAGGAGGUGGAGAGGGAGAAUAAGGAAUUACAGAAACAAGCGACUAUUGAUAAGAGAACUCUAGCAACUCUGAGAGAGGAGUUGGUGUCUGAGAAGCUAAAUUUCCAGCAGCAGAAUGUUGAGCUGGAGCGUCUCAAUGAAGAACUGGAGAAGAUCGGACUAAACCGAGAGAAGCUUCUGCAGCAGGAGCACACCAUGGAGGACAGGUACCGGCUCCUGGAGUCUCGUUUGGAGGAAACGGUUCAACAAACGAUGAAACUGAAAGAGGAAAAAAUCUCGAGUUUGGAAAAGAAGCUGGAGGAGAGCAGCAGCCUGAACACAUCUCUGCGCUCGGAGCUCAACACUGUCCGACAAACAUUAUCACUCAAACAGGAGCAGGAACAAAACCACAAUUCCCAGAAGCACACAGGAAACGACCUGGGUCAAGGGUCGGCCACAGCGGAACUGCUGCGAAUCAAAGAUCACCUGAUCGAUGUGGAGAAGAAUAAUGCCUCGCUGCAGACGGAGAGCAGUCUGUUAAAGGAGCAGCUCAAACAGUUGGAAAAUCAGAAUAAUUCUCUGAACAAUCAGAUCUCGACUCUACAGCGUCACACCAGCACACUGGAGCAGAACUCAGGGCUGCACACUCAGACCGCAAAGCUACAGGUGGAGAACUCGACUCUCUCUUCUCAGAGUGCGUCUCUCAUGGCCCAGAAUGCCGUGCUGCAGGGUCAGGUGACGGCUCUGGAGGCAGAGGUGGAGUCUUGGCAGAGGCAGAGGGAGGAGGCAUGGAGAGGGAGAGAGAGUGUCCUGAGUGACCACGAAAGACUCAUGAAUCUUCAUGAGAGACAGGCUCAUGACUACGAGGCUCUGAUCAGCCAGCACACCGCACUGAAGGGCAAGCAGAGGGCGCUAGAGAGCGAGCACAGGGCUCUGCACAACAAAUACUGUGUGCUACUGCAGCAGAAGGACAAAUGGGAGAAGCAGGAGGGGCAGGGGCAGAAGGAGAAGGAGGAACUCAGCCAAGAAGUCCAGAAGAAUCGACUUUUACAGCAAGAAAACCUGCAGCUCAAAAAUGAAGUGGAUCGGCUGACAGCGAGCCAGUCCCAUCACCUGGAGCAGAGUGAGGGUUUACAGCAGAGGCUGUUGGAGCUGAAGUCUUCUCUGAGUGCGGCACAGACAGAGGCGGGGCAGUGGAUGUCCAGAUACGACACUUUAUUGGAGCAGCACCAAGGCCUGGACCUGACCAUGACCAAACUGGACAACCACUGUGAGCUCUUGAGUCGACUUAAAGGAAACCUGGAGGAGGAGAACCAUCACCUGCUGAGUCAGAUCAACCUGCUGAGCCAACAGAACCACACCCUGCUAGAGAGGAGCAUGGAGAGCAAGGAGCUGUACCACCAGGAGCAGAAGCUUUACAUUGAUAAACUGAACGCUCUCCGGCGACAAAAAGAGAAACUGGAGGAAAAGAUCAUGGACCAGUACAAGUUCUAUGACCCCACACCCAAAAAGAAGAGUCAGUGGUCCGGCGCCAAAGCUUUAGCCAAACUGAUAAAACCUCGCAAAGACUCGAGCCGUGAGCGAGGAGAGCGAGAAAGGGAGAGUAUAAAGGACAGAGAGAGGACCAAAAGUGCCCCAGACAUCCCUCUACCUGCCCCUCCGCCUCUACUGCCCCCGGAUACGCCCCCUCCAGUGCCCCAGCGGACUUCCAGCUCCAACGACAGCGUCCUCGGCAACAGUGUCCAUGGUAACGGCGUCAACGGCACCCACAGCGGCAACAGUAUCCACGACAACCACACACCCAGCCUGGGACCCCGCAGCCCUGCCCUCACUCCCAUCAGCAGAGGACUAAGCGAGCGAGGCCGCGCUGGGCACAGAGGGAGCACGCCAGCGGGCAGCAACGAGAGUGUGAACGGAGAAGACCACGGACAAGGUCCAGCGUACAGAGCCCUGAGCUCCACCCCCAACCAUCACUCUUCUUCAGUGGGUUUGAACAGCAACAGACCAGGGCCCGGCCGCAGAACUAGAGGUCUGUUGUACGAUGAAGAUUUGCGCCACACCUCGACGGACUCCGUGUUUGGUUUCCAUGGCAGCGCUGGGGGUCGCCCAGGGUCAGCGGACUACAGCCACAACACGUCCAGCUCCAACUCUCCUGUCAACUGCCGAGACAACUCCGAUCGUCAGGUGCGCUCGGCCAGCCUCUCCAGUGAUGAUGUUAUAUGCGUGGGCCAAUCACAGCAGAGUCUGUCCCGUAGCUCCACCCUCCCGUACGACCACUCCCCUCAGAAGGCCCAGCCACAGAGAGGGGCCCCUAGACCCAAAGGUCGCCCUGCGUCGCCCGGGAGUGAGAUGGUGACACUGGAGCAGUUUCUACACGAGAGCAACCUGCAGUCCCCUCCUAUGGUGUCGACAGGAAGCCGCGAGGACUUGAUGACCGACUAUUUCACCCGUAGCCCCGCCCACUCCGCUCCCACUGGCCGAGAACAGACCACGCCCACCAGCUACGUCACCCCCACUGUCCAGUCGUCCAAUCAGAGGCCAGGGCAGAGCGUAAAGCCCUCCCCCCGGCACCCUGUCGGCCAAUCCCCCGCCUCCAGCCAAACCGUCACUCAAAGGAGCAGCCAAUCACUGAGCAGGACCUUCAGCUUGGCUUCGGCCGACUUGCUGCGCUCGAACGGCCCCGAUGGUUUCCGUGGUAACGAAGGAUCCUCCGGCCAAUCGGAUGUGGUCGUCCGGCGUCCGGGGGGAGGGGCAAGCGCCAGGGAACGCCCACUCUCUGCACGUCUCGCCGGACCGACCAAUCACGGAGAUAGUAGCUUUUUGCACACGCCCAUCCACCACUCGACCUCUCUCAACCUGCAAAACGACAGAUACUUAGAAAGAGGAAGAACAACGACGACUACUACAACAGCACGAAACGGCGCGAAUUACCACAGAGGAGAGGUCGCCAUGGUUACGCCGGUGAGAGCCGUUACUGCGCCGCGAUUGGACGAGGAUCAAGGAGGAGGGGAGGCGCCACAGAAGAAAGAAGGCGACCGGACGCGAUGUAGCUCAGUUGAACGACCAAAAAGCACGCCAGCAUCUCCCGACCCCAACAAUGACCCCCAGACUGUGUGGUAUGAAUAUGGAUGUGUUUAAACUAAAAAAAAAAAUUAAAUAAAACACACAUAAUUUGUCUGAAAAAAUCUGGAAAAGUUAAAUCUCCUGAAUUUUCAACCACAACUGUAUUUGGAUUGCGCAAGAAAAGUCAAUUCUGUUAGUAAAAUGUUGCGUGAACUCGAACUAGAGCUAGAAACUACUAGAAAAAAAGCAAAAUGGAGUCAGUUGUGUUGCUAUAGAGACGCACAGAUUUGAGCAUUGAAAAUCGUCAAAGAAUUUCGGGAUUUGUCGAGUUAAUGCAAAAUAUAUAUCGGACAACAUUUGAAGUUUUUAUGUUUCAAAUGAUUGCGAAGAGAAGGAAAAAAAAACAUAUUGGAUUGUGCAACAAAGUAAUUUCUAUUGCUAAGAAGACGCAGAAAUUUAAGAAUCUAAAUUUCAAAAGUUUCAGGAUUUGUCCAUUAAGUGCAAAACAUAUAUCGGACAACGUUAAAAGUUCUUAAAUUUCAAAUGCUUUUAAGAAAAAAAAAGCAGUUGCAACAAGAUGGCAUGAAGUCAUUUCUUCAAGCAAGCAAAAGCAAGGAUCAAAACUGGAUAUUUUCUUGGAAUUUUGAUAAAACACAAAAUAACUUCUGGACACAAGUUGGAGUUUUCUCAUAUGAAACAUUCUUUUGUGGAGAAAUUCGUCAUUGGACCUCUUGGAAAUCCAACAUGAACUUAACAAGGAUCAAAACUAGAUGUUGUUUACCAUUACAAAAGAUUUUCUGGGAGUUUUUACAUUUCAUUGUUUAAUUUUUUUACAGCAUUGAAAAAAAAAACAACACUAAAUGCAAACCUGCUUGAACUGGAAGUGAAAGGACACCACUAAUUUAUUAUAUUUUUAAUACUACUCAGCUAAUAGCCUUAUCCCACGUGACUGACAAAACUGAGAUGGAACACUAUAAACUCUGGAUGGGAUCUGUCUACGUGCUGGAGCCGCUGAAUGCUGACGCUCCCGUUGUAAAUCUAUACAAGGUUUUUGAUGAAGUAAAACGAAAAUGCACCUAACUCAAUGAGAACACUGCAAAAAUGUGUCUAGUUAAAAUGACUUGAAUUAAUGACACUCAGCUGAAAAAAAGAUCUUAUUUCCAUUAUUUUGCUGAUAAAGGUGCACUAUGUAACUUUUCUAUUCGAGGCUUGUCUCCAUGGAGAUGUCGCUUUGCCUGCAACGUUCCGGAAACACAGUAUUUUUAUAUUUCUCUUGCUCAAAAAUACCUUGAAAAGCAUGCCUUCUUUCUUGGAGCACAGUCGCCACUUUGCUGUUCUGAUAUGAACUGUAACUUGAUCUGGUAGCGUAGAUUUGCUUGUUUCCAUGGUGAUAGAUAUGUGUAAUGUCAUACUGUGGAACAUUACAGGCAAUGCAAUAAUAUGCUCAUGAGAUAACCAUAGUGCAAUGUACAUAGUGACCUUUAAAGAAGAACAAAAGUACCUGUCUAAUAUUUUAUAGGUAACUUUUCGGACUUCGAAUCUCGGACUUCCAGUCAUCGCGUAAUGCAUACUGCGAAGGAUUUUCCGAAAAAGUGAGCAUCAAACCGCCAUGUCUGUUUUCCCAGUGGGUGUGUCUAUUGGGAUUCCAGUCUUUUCUAGUC